AUGGCGAAUUAUACAAAACUAGCUACGCAAAAAAGUGGUCAAGCACCGAUCGAUUUAAAUGACAAAAUUGCGCGACUUGCGAGAUUUCCGCCGUUAAUCUUAAAUGGCCACUGGUUAAAAGAUGGAAACGCAACUUUAUUUAAUGACGGCAGAAAGGCAAUUAUUUUUUUGAACGGCGACAGAAUCCCGUCGACAGUGUCUGGUGGACCGCUCGGAAAUGACAAGUACGAAUUUCACAAUGCGCACUUUCACUGGGGCGAGAACGAUUGUAGAGGUGCUGAACAUACGAUCAAUGGUACUUGGUUUUCCAUGGAAUGCCAUUUGGUGCAUUGGAACCGAAAAUAUCUUACCUUCGAGGAAUGUUUGAAACAUCGCGAUGGUCUUUGCAUAUUAGCUUAUCUAUUCUUGGUUCAAUCGGGACCUUGUCAAUUGUACAAUGUCAAGUUUGAAAGAAUCUCUGAAAAUCUCAAGCAUAUUCAGAAUCCUGGGUCAGAUAUAAAAAUUCCAGCAAAUUCUUUAUCUUGGAUGCGAAUAGCAACAGACUGUCCAAGUUAUUACACAUAUCACGGAUCCUACAAUUUCUACAACAUAGAUUUUAAUUCAGACUGCGUUACGUGGAUCAUAUUUCCAGCCAUUAUUCCUAUACAAUCUUGCCAACUUAACGAGUUCCGAAAACUAAAGGAUAAAAAUGGCAAAUUUAUAAAAUCGAAUUGGAGAGACGUGCAACUUUUAAAAGGACGACAAACAUUUUUAGCUGUCCCUUAA